CACUUCUUUCCUAUCACAUCACAUAUUAUAUUUCUUAAUUCUGAUCUUCUCAUAAUUUCUCUCUUAAUCUCUCAAUUAACUAGCUGAAGAUGAAAAUGUGUUAUCAUAUCUUUCUUGGAUGACAGAGUCUCGAGGUCUUUCCAUAGUGAUCACCCUAGUGUUCGUGCUUAUUAUCAGAAGUAGCAGCAGCACUCAUGAAUAUGACCAGUGCGGAGAAUCAUCUUGUGGCCCUGACCAACCGCUUAUUAGAUUCCCGUUUCAACUCAUCAAGGGGACGAAAGAUCAUAGUUGUAGUGAUCCCAUGUUUUGCCUAUACUGUAGUAAAAAUUCUGAGACAACUUUUGUACUCCCUACCUCUUCAGGACCAAUUCAAUUCCUUGUCAGGCACAUAGACUACGAUAUCCAGGAAAUUGAUGUCUCUGACCCUGAAAAUUGCCUCCCCAGCAAGUUUCUAAAACUCAACAAUUCAUCUUUCCAACCUUACCGAUUGGACAUGCACUCCUCAGAAACAAAAACCUCCUUCUUCAACUGCUCUUCACAAGAUAUGAUCUCCUGCCCCAUUUACGCUUCUGGUUAUUUCGACAGUGUCCUCAAAUUGGACCUUGUAUCCUGUACCAAGAUGUUUGAUGUCACUGCUUCAGUCAACUCAGUUUACCUGCAGUUUAAUUUAUUGAGAAUGAUGUGGUCCAAGCCAAAUUGUACCAAGUGCGAAGCAAUGGGAAAAAAAUGCAGAUGGAAGAACAACAGCACAGACGGCGAAAUUUGUUUUCACUGUAAUGGCAAAUCAAUCCAGAUUCCAAGAUCUUUUAUUUUCUCUGCUACAGGUUCAAUUGCUUCGGGUCUGGUGUUAAUUGUGGCCUUUAAGAUCCACCGUUGUUAUAGAAAGAAGGAAGAGGAUCAAGCAAGAGUGGAGAAAUUUUUAGAGGAUUACAGGGCAGAGAAGCCUGCGAGAUUCUCCUAUGCUGAUAUAAAAAGAAUCACCAAUGGUUUUAAGGAAAAGCUAGGGGAUGGAGCUCAUGGAACAGUAUUCCAAGGAAAACUCUCCAAUGAAAUUCCGGUGGCGGUGAAGAAGCUCAACAACAAUUCAAUGAAAGAAGAAGGGAAAGAGUUCAUCAGUGAAGUGGAAAUCAUGGGCAAAAUCCACCACAUCAAUGUCGCGUGUUUGCUCGGCUUCUGUGCAGAGGGAGUUCACCGUGCUCUCAUCUACAACUUGUUUCCAAAUGGUUCCUUACAGAAUUUCAUAUUCCCACCUGAUGAUAAAGAUCAUUUCCUUGGCUGGGAAAAGCUGCAACAUAUCGGUCUCGGUAUAGCGAAAGGGAUUGAGUAUCUCCAUCAUGGUUGCCAUCAUCCAAUCCUUCACUUUGACAUCAACCCUCACAAUGUUUUGCUAGAUGACAAGUUCACUCCAAAAAUUACUGAUUUUGGUCUAGCAAAAUUGUGUUCCAAGAAUGUUAGCGCGGUGUCCAUGACAGCUGCAAGGGGAACAUUGGGAUACAUGGCACCCGAAGUUUUCUCCAGAAACUUCGGAAAUGUGUCUUUUAAGUCUGAUGUUUACAGUUAUGGGAUGUUGUUGCUGGAAAUGGUAGGAGGGAGGAAGAACAUAGACACUUUAUCUACGGAAACUUUCCAAGUUCUGUAUCCAGAAUGGAUCCAUAGGUUAUUGGAAGGAGAUAUUCAUAUCCAUAUUGAGGAGGAUUGCGAUGUGAAAAUUGCAAAGAAACUUGCUAUUGUUGGACUAUGGUGCAUUCAGUGGCAGCCGACAAAUCGUCCAUCCAUAAAAGCAGUCAUACAAAUGCUGGAGACCAGAGAGGAAGACCAGCUAACAGUGCCUCCUAAUCCAUUUCAUUCAACUACUUCCACCCCUACUAGCACUUCCGCAACACGACCUUUUCAAAUGGAAGUGAUUCAGGAAUGAGAGAUACGGAUUAAUAUUAUGUUGUGUAGGGGCUGAUUCAGUUGAAGAAGUUAUGAAAGCAUUGUGUUGUUACUUUGAUAGAGGACUGCCAAUUAUAUAUGUCUAAAUGCUUCAUUAUAUGGUUUUCAUUUGUGGAGUUUGUGAGUAUUUUAUUCAGUCAUUUGUAAUCAUUGUACAUUUUCAUUUCACAUGUAUCAUGAGGGUUUUAAUUAAGAUUUUGAAUGGA